GUUCAGUCGCAAUAACGUAGCUUCGUCGACGACGUCACUACGUCAGUGUAUAACACCAUAAACACUGUCCAGAGGUCUUUAUUCUGAUUACACACACACACGCACACACGCACAUACACACACAUAAACUCAUCAACACAAUCGCACGAAUCACGCCCGUAACAGCACUGCUGCGCCGCGGACUGUAACGUUACGUGUGGCAAUUGAUCUCAGUCGAUCGCUUUGUGUGCUGUUGUUGAGUUGUUCCUGGUCUCUUCCGCGUUUAGCAACUUCGGCGGUUCCUGUUAUUGUGUCAGUGUCUGUCCGCACACGAUACCACACCCCCACGUUUUUCACAUCGUCAUCGUACAUCUGACAAAAUGGUCUUGUUGAAAACCACCGUGGUCGUCCUCCUGGCCGUCGCGUGCGUUUCUGCCGCCAACACGACGUUCGCCAAACAGUCGCAAGAUCACGCCGAGCUGAACCUGCCCGUCGAACCAAUUAAACCAUUAUCAUCUGGAACCAAUACCAGUUUAGUUCCACCCACCACUACCACUAGUUCACCACCUUCAACUAGCACAUCAACUACAACAAAUAAACCUUCAACCACAACUUCUUCAACGACAACUAUUCCAUCAUCAACUACACCUUCAAAUGUUACCACACAGGCACCAAAUGUCACAACUACUACACCUGUUACACCAACAACUACGCACUCACCAAAUGUCACAACGACUACAUCGAGUCCAAAUGUUACAACUGCUGUACCUCCAACUCCAGAACCAUCUCCAGCACCAUCUCCGGCUAGGAGUUGGGAUGGUCCAAGUUUCUUAGGUGGCAUGGUCCUAGCUUUUGGUAUUGUUGCAGUCGGAUUUGUUGGAUACCGAUUCUUCUACUUAGGACGUGGUGGUGCCUACCAUACUUUGUGAACAUUGAUAAUCUGAUCAAAUUAUAAAAAAUAUAAUAUUUUUUUUUAUAUAUAGGGCUAUCUAAUUUAAUUCAAAAACCUAUAUAAUUGUAAAAAUAUUUUACUGAUUAAUUAUUUAAAAAGUAGAGCACCCUUUCUCAAAAUUCAGUGCUCAUUAUUUAUUUUUUAGUGGCAUACUUAAAUGCUUCAAACAAAAUUAGGAAUUUGGAAAUCCAUCGUAGAUGAUAUUAGUAUUGUUUAUUCAGUUCAUAUUUGUUUUUUUUUUUUUU